AUGUAUGAUAUUUUCGGCAAGUACGGUGCUAUCCGUCAAAUUCGCAUCGGCAACACCCCUGAAACAAAAGGAACUGCUCUGGUUAUCUAUGAAGACAUUUUUGACGCUAAGAACGCUUGUGAUCACCUCAGUGGCUUUAACGUUUGUAACCGAUAUCUCGUAGUUCUGUACUACCAGAGAAACAAGCAAUUCAAGAAAACUGAUGUAGACAAAAAGAAAGAAGAAUUAGAUCGAUUGAAGGCAAAAUAUGGAUUAAAUACUCCGAAAAUGAAAUGA